UGUUCAGCACCCAAAGUCGAAGGAUAGCUCUGGCCUUUCAAUUGAAGAAAGUGCUAGAUUUGUCAGUGUUGUAUAAUAUAACCAAUUCUCAGUGUCCAUAUUUGUUUUGGAACGAUCGGAAUAGUCUUCAUUUUAUGUGUGAGACAGAACUGGCGUCAAACAUGCGUAAAAAUCAACGCUGUCCAAGAAGGGAACCACCGAGAAAGGAAUUAUCGCCGCUCAUCUGAGGCCAAUCUCGAUUAUUUUUGUCAAAUAAGGAAACAUAACAUAGCUAGCUAGCCACCGUUAGCUCCGUAGAUAGCUAGGUUACCGACAUAUCUUCACACAAAAGCAGAAUCCAGCAGAUAAUCAAGAUUGGAUCUACAUUCGCAACAGCAGGAAAACCUAUAGGCAGCAAUGGGUGCAUUCCUGGACAAGCCGAAGACGGAGAAGCAUAGUAGCCACGGUGAGGGCAAUGGGCUGCGCUAUGGCCUGAGCUCCAUGCAGGGCUGGCGGGUGGAGAUGGAGGACGCCCACACAGCUGUAGUUGGCCUGCCCCAUGGACUCACCGACUGGUCCUUCUUUGCUGUCUACGAUGGCCAUGCAGGCUCCCGGGUAGCCAACUACUGCUCCGGCCACUUGCUGGAACACAUCUUAUCAGGAGGGGCUGAAUUUAGUUCAGGAUCCGGCUCCGUGGAGGGCGUGAAGGACGGCAUCCGCUCUGGCUUCCUGAACAUUGACGAGUACAUGCGCAGCUUCUCUGACCUGCGACAGGGCCUGGACCGCAGUGGAUCAACAGCUGUGUGUGUGUUGCUCAGCCCGACCCACCUCUACUUCAUUAACUGCGGCGACUCGCGGGCCGUGCUGAGUCGAGACACCAAGGUGGGGUUCUCCACCCAGGAUCACAAGCCCUGCAACCCCCGUGAAAAGGAGCGCAUCCAGAACGCUGGAGGCUCAGUCAUGAUCCAGAGGGUAAAUGGCUCCCUGGCUGUGUCCCGGGCCCUGGGGGACUACGACUACAAAUGUGUGGAUGGUAAGGGCCCCACGGAGCAGCUGGUAAGCCCAGAGCCCGAGGUGUGCGUGUUGGAGCGAGCGGCCGAAGGAGACGAGUUUGUGGUGCUGGCUUGUGAUGGAAUCUGGGAUGUCAUGUCCAACGAGGAGCUGUGUGAUUUUGUCCGCUCACGACUCCUGGUGUGUGAUGACCUGGAGAAGGUCUGUAACUCAGUGGUGGACACCUGUCUGCACAAGGGGAGCAGGGACAAUAUGAGUGUGGUGCUGGUGUCUUUACCCGGCGCUCCUAAGAUCUCAGAGGAGGCUUUGAAGAAAGAAGAGGAAUUGGAUAAGUACCUGGAGACCCGUGUUGAGGAGCUCCUGGGGAACAGUGGGGAGGCGGGAGUCCCUGACCUGGUGUCUGUCCUGCGGAGCAUUGCCACAGAGAACAUCCCCAACCUCCCACCUGGUGGAGGCCUGGCCAGCAAACGGAGUGUGAUCGAGGCGGUGUACAACAAGCUGAACCCUCACAGAGAAGAGGAAGGGGCCUGUGCGGGGGGAGAGGAGGAGAGUGAGGAGGGAGGUGGCAGCACGGCGGCUCAUCUGCUGGAGGCUCUGCGGCAGUUCCGCCUGCACCACCGGGGGCAGUACCACUCGGUGCUGGAGGAGUCCCUCGCCACCUACACACUGCGAGGGGAGAGCACUGCGGAGGGAGCAGGGGAGGGCAGGAGGACCUCCGAUGAAGACAGCGACGGCCUGCAGCAGCCCGUCUCCCCUCCCUCUCCCCGGUCACCCCCACCCUCACCUGCCACUGCAGAGCCGGAGGCCAGCCAAGAUGCGCCCGCCCUUGAGUCCGACCCCUCCUCUAACUGAGCUUACCUCCCCACCCACCCGACCCCAGAGCUCUAGUCAGAUGUGCUAUGACCUCUCCUCCUUUCCUUCACCACAGAACUUGAAUGGACACAUCGGCCACUUCCAGAUCCAUCAUGGUCGAGCACAACUACAGCUAUCAUUGCCAUUCAUGAAUAUUUCAGUAAUGCAAUGGAAAUAAAAAUGGCCCUUCUGUCUAUUCAAGUUCUGUCUCCGAGCCACAUAUAUACCUUCCUCCUAAUGAGGACUCUUUUCUAUUGUUUCCCCCCUGUCCCCUGACCACCUUGGCUUGGAUUCCCCAAACUUGCCAGCCACUUUUACAACACAGACUGAUGUUUACACUAGAACAUAAUCAAUAAAAAAAUUAUUAUUACAUGCAAAAGUGGCUGGUGAAGCAAAAAAUGAACCUUGCACUGGCCUACAUUUACCAGUAUUGGCUUCUGGCUGAUUUCCCAGUCCACAAUCCCCAGCCUCACUCCCCCCCCACCCCCUCACCUGCUUACAGUGGACGGACUGACAAAGAAAAAGAGAGGAGACCCUCUGAACUGCAGCUGUGUUCCCCACACUGCACUGUCUCCAGGCCUACUCCAUCUACAGACUCAGAAUACAAUUUUUUUUGCGUUUAUGUAUGUAAGUGUGUCUAUGUGUGUCUGCAAGAGUUUGAGUGACGGAGAAAGAGACCAAUCAUCACUACUGAAAUUUCUGUUUUUGGUAGCGGGGGAUCAUUGAUUGUUAGCCUAUUUAUCAGCAAGUUCAGCGAUGUUAGGUUGUUCAAAUCAGUCUGGGUACAGAACAACUGGGCAGUUUAACCACAGAGGGACACUUGUGUAGGUGGGUUGGUUGUAGUUUGAGCAGCAUUUCGUUUAAAUCAUUCCCUCACCACAUAUCCCUAAUUCCACAUCAGUGCAAGGAAUUAGUCACCUACAAAGAGGUUAAGAUAUGUUCCUGGUUGUUGGUAUUAAGGGGGAAGUAAUUGUGUCAGUAACACUCAACUAGCUGACUAAAGGGGCCAUAAAAGUAACGUGUGUUUAAAUGAAAAUACGACUAAAAUAGUCUACAGCCCCGCUAGCAACCCUGUAAUGCUGUAACGCUUAUUACACAGCAGAAAGUACAUUUUUGAAUGGAUGAAUAUGAGAAACCGUCACUAGUUAAAAAUUUUUGCCAGAUGAAAAGUCAUAUUGUUUCUAAAAUCGUUUGUAUAGUGUGUGUGUUUUUCUUGUUCUACAUUAUGUGACAUGGCUCAACUUUUAUAUUAGUCAUGUGAGCUUUGUCAGUGUUGGCUGUAAAUCACAGCUACUGUUGGCCGUACCCCCUGCUCCAUAGAAAAGCUCAGGGAAGUAGCUGUGCUCUACUCUUUAACGCUGGUUCAGCGGUUAAACAGACAUAUUUUUGCCAAAACAACCAGUUAGUCUUCAGUCAUGAAGUCUUUGCUCUUGUAAAACUAAAAUAAAUUGCUGUUUGAAAACACUUCCGAUACAGCCUAAAUAUGUAUCGCUUGUCGAAGAUGGUGUGGAAUGGGCUCCCACUACAGCUCGGGACAGUAAUGAGCCCAUCAUAGAAACUUGAACAAGUGACUCAAAUGUGAGAUUUUUGCUUUAUCAGUGUUUUUAAAGUCUUUUUUUUUUAUCUUUUUGCUUUUACAAGAGAAAAGACUUCAAAGGUGAACUAACUGCUUUUGAGUACAACUUUUGGAUUUUAAAUACUAAAUACUAAUGUGAUCAUUGGUAACAUGCUAUCGUUAGCAUUCCUCUUAAAGCACAGCUGUGCUUAAGUGCAGCCAUUCUGACAAAGUUAAUCUUAGACAGAAGAAGGCUGAGCUAAGUCAAACUGUAGAACUGAACCUGAGACAUUUAAAGGGAUAGUUCACCCCAAAAUCUUACCCAUAGGGCUAUUUAGCAAUCUAGAUUGUUUUGGUGUAGAGAUCUCUGCCCUCUCUCUAAUAUAAUGGAACUAGAUGUCACUCGGCUUGUGGUACUCAAAGCGUCAAAGAUUUAGAUUUGAAAAACUCAACAGCAAUGUUUCUCUACAGAAAUCACGACCCAUGAGUCUUUCAAAUGUAUUUUUUUGGCGCUUUGAGCACCACAAGCCGAGUGCCAUCUAGUUCCAUUAUAUUAGAGAGAAGGUGAUGACAUCUCUACGGCCGAUAUCUCCAACUCUCUGCAACUCGCAUCCAAACAAUAUAGAUGUAUGAAUAGCACUACAGGCGAGAGGUAAACUGUGUUUUGGGGAUUUUAAGGUGAACUGUUCCCUUUUAAGAUAAAAAGAAAGAAAAGAAAAAGUCACUGUAGAUACUACUCACCAUCUUGCUUUAGGUAACAAUAUGGCCUUUUUUCUUGGCAACACCCACUCAAACAUAUGGCUGACAUUACAUCCCUAAAGUCAUACUGCUAGCGUGGCCGAAACAAUCGUAGCACUGAAUUCCACUGUCGGCAUUAUGUGAUACCUGUGAUCAGUUCACAGUAUAGCUGAAGCAUUCGUGGACCAGGUUUUCAUAAAGUUCCCACUGCUCAUGCUGACAGCCGCUGGUAUUAACUGUGGCAGGAUGUGUUUCAGCUUGAUAAAAACCCACACAAAAUAUAUUUAAUUCCUCACAGGUUACGACAACGUCUGUUCAAAACAACACAAUGUGAAACUCUUGCCUCAUUGUGAAAGAUUCGAUCAGACUGAACCUCCAGUGUUUAUUCUUCUUUGAAAGCAGGUAGAGGGAUGUUAUUGUAAGACUGUAUAAAGCCCAGUACCCGGUGUAAUGCAUGCACUGCACUUAUCGUUUCAAUAUCUAAGGCACUUAACUAUCGGAGGGGAGGUUAUUCUAAACACUGCGUGUAUGUAUGUAUGUAUGUAUGUGUGUGUGUGUGUGUGUGUUAUGAGUUGUAUUUGUAUGCGGUUACGUGGGCCAAAUCAGUCCCACACACUUAAAAUGACAAAUGAACAAAUAAAAAUGAUUUGAGGUAUAAUGCUAUGAUUUGUGUCACGUAUAUGAGUGUCUCUCACUGUUAUCUGACUGUACACUUUUUGUGUCUCGACCAAUGUGUCAAACCUUGCAAAUGUGUAGAUCAGGGUUGUGAUUAGGGAUACAAAAGGCAAAACGAAAAUCAUAUUUGCCCCGUUUAAAAUUUGUUGUAUGUAAUCCAAAGAAAUCAUUAAAGUCCCAAGAUAAAGUGGUGGCAUUUGAUAGAGGACCGUUCCAUGAAACUUCUUGUGUCCCUCUACUAUAUUGAAUGUGUUGUACAUGUUUCUGUGUAGGCUUUGAAGUUUUCAGCUCUAGCAGAAAAAUAAAUCCUCACCUUCCUUGCCCUCCUGUCAGCUUUUAGCGCUAUAGCCUCGUCUCGUAAUUUCACCCCAGCUGCUUCGAAGACAUUCUAAUCUGUCGUCUCCUUUAAAAGAAUAGCAGCAAAAUAAAUGCCUGCUGCUGCAUUGCAUGAGCUGGCAGCGACGAGCGAAGGGGGUGCUGCGUAGACUAUAGGGACUCCAUUCUCUCCAUUUCUCCCCCUGUUUUUCAGUCUGACAGUUGGCCUCGUGAUUCUCCGCAAGGUGAGUCAUCAGAGGUCUGGGUUCUCGUUGUAGUUAACGUACAGGCUGGGCAGGGGAAUGUCACUGUUUUUCACCAUUAUCCAUUCAAAUUGAGUAGAUCAAAGAGGGCAGUGAGGUUCAAAAUGUGUCAUUGUUUAAGGCAUCAGGAGCAGUAUGUUAACUUGAGUGUGCAAUGAAAGACGCAGCUACAAUAAAACCUAACACACACCUCUCUCCGUCUCUUUUCCUUUUUUACUCACCCAGAGUGCCGGUGAGCUGGAAGACCCCUGGUAGCCGUGGCAACGACCCCCGUCUCCUCCUGGUGAUCGGUGCGUCCGCCCAGAGGAGGAGUGUUUCUCCAUUGCGCCAUGUCUUUCUCCACUAAAAGAGGACAUGUGGUGUGUGUUGGAGUGCGUGAGUGUGCGUAUGUUGGUUGUGCAUGUGUGUGUGUGUGUGUGUUUGCAGCAGUGGGACAAAGACGACAACGACAACAACUACACACACACGCAUACUGCUUAAAACCUGGAGGAAAACAAAAAUCACUUCAGAAAUGUCAAGAUUUUAUGAACUGAAAGCAUUGUGAUGGUAGAGAUGAUUUUUACCAUUGAGGUGUUUUUCUUUUGUUUUUUGUUUUUUUUCUCGAAUGUUGACAUUGAACACCUGACUUCACAAUGACAUAAGGACCUAUAGUGUGUGCGUAUGUUUGUGUGUGCGAGAGAGAGUUUGUGUGUGAGAGUGUUUUGAGGAGGGCCAAGAGAAGACAGACGGUGGAUAAAGACUUUGUAUGUAAUUCUUCUUCUCCUGGACUUUUUCUUUUUUGUGCUCCUGGGUCUGAUAUUUGUCUAACACCUUUGCUUUUCCCCUCUUAAAAGACACACACACUCUCUCUAACACACACAGACACACAAUUAAAAAAAACUACCAUAAACACCCCCCACCCACUUUCCACUUCCACCUGUGCACGUAUGUGAUGUGCCACCUUCGCAGGGCACUGCAUGAGGACUUUGGUUCUACAUGUACAGCUACGUGGUUUUCUAGUCGACCCGGAUGGACAGCCAUUGGUUGAGACUGACUGAACCCGAAGGACCUCUGCAUUCUGAUUGGCUCCUGCCGUGUGAGAAGUGGAAAUGAUUUGGAUUUUUUUUUUUUCUUGUUGAUACUAUUAGGAUGAUGACGAUGAUAAUCAUGAUGGGGGAAAAUAGGAGGUUAUCUAGUUCACUGAAGAGCUGAGUGCAAGUUGGACUAUUGGGGGGGUUGGGGGGGGGGGGGUGCUGUUGUAUCACUGGUUGGACUUCCUAUUGGAGGAGGGUUAGGGCAGGAGGGCGGUGGGUCAAACGGGCUUCCCCACCUCCCUCCCCACCAUCAUGGGUUGGAAGUACACAUGACGGCGGACUGUCCUGACAGUGGAUCGUGUUUUUUUUUGUUUUCGUUUUUUUUAAUGUUGUCCAUGAGGUUACUAGCUGCUCGCUAUGUAGAGUGAGUGAACUCCCUGUUUUAACCCUGUUCCUGGUUCUCAGACUGCAUUGGUAAUGUUUGUAUUGCUGUUGUUUGAUUGCACUCACAUUUGAUUACAGAAAGCGUCUAUAUAUGAAAUAAAAUACCUGCCAAGGA